AUGAGGAGGCCUUCCAGCAGACCAUCGUACCGAUUUUUCAACCGUUUGACAAGACUCGUCACAGAAGCCGAUGAGCUUCUGCGCGACUCCGACGCGGUUCCUGGACAGUAUGAACCAACGGCCAGAGAGUUGAAUUCUGAGGUGGAACUCGCGCGUAAAGUCAUCAACGACGCCGGAGUAGCUGCAGGACCACAAGUUGAGGCUAUUGAAUCGUUGGAGACGACUAUUCAGGCCGCACAACAACUCGCAAACGGCCUCGAAGAAAGAGCCCAAGCUUGGCGAGAAUUUGUCGUUGUUCGUGAUGAAACCGAUGCGACCCUCGGUAAACUUCGGACGCCACUUGAGCGCGUUCUGGAGAAACCAAAGAGAUCGGCGUCUGAAGCGAGCGAUGACAUGAAGGAAAUUCGCGAUGCAAGCCACGACAUUCAGAUUCUCAACGCAAACGUUGCCAACUUGCAACGACUUUCAGAAGCGCUCAACCCGCUGGAAAGUGCCUACGCCGAAGUUCGAUUUGCCGACGUUGAUACUGAACAAACUCAGAAGCAAUACGACGAGCUGCUCAAUGAAUUGGCUACAGAGCUGGAAGAUGAUCGCGUUCUUGGCGAAUCCGCUGAGCUUAUUGCUAAAGAAAUCGAAGAGAUCCGAGCAGUGCUCGACCAGAAAAACUCCCUGACGACAAGACCGUCCUCGAGGGAAUCUCACAACAUCAAAUUCCUGCACUGA